UGAAGUCUUGCGGUCCUGUACGCCGCUUUCUGAGAAGGGCAGGGGCUGAGAAUUAAAAAGAAUCGAGAAAAAGCAUUAAGGCUAGGAACGAAGAAGAGGAGGUGGAGGAAGAGAGUCAUGGCGGAGACAGGGGACGAAAAUGCAGGGGAGUUUUACUUGAGGUACUAUGUCGGCCACAAGGGUAAAUUUGGGCAUGAGUUCUUGGAGUUCGAGUUUAGGCCCGACGGCAAGCUCCGGUAUGCUAAUAAUUCCAACUAUAAGAACGACACCAUGAUCCGUAAAGAGGUCUUCGUCACCCCCGCCGUUCUAAAAGAAUGCCGUCGCAUCGUCGUUGAAAGCGAGAUAAUGAAGGAAGAUGACAACAAUUGGCCAGAACCAGAUCGCGUUGGAAGGCAAGAGCUGGAGAUUGUAAUGGGGAACGAGCACAUAUCUUUUACUACUGCUAAGAUUGGUUCUCUCGUGGAUGUCAAUACCAGUAAAGAUCCUGAAGGUCUUCGAAUCUUCUAUUAUCUUGUUCAGGAUUUGAAGUGUUUCGUGUUUUCUCUUAUCUCACUCCACUUCAAGAUCAAACCCAUUUGAGUGUCAGCCAUAUCACCCCCUGGAACAGAAGGAAAGCCAUGUGUUUUGAAGUUGCUUGGUCUGUUGUCCUUUGCCUUGAUAAGUUCGUUAUAUAUUUAAACUUAUAAAUAGCGUUGAUUUGGGUGAUUGUUCGAGUAGAUGAAGUUUGUGAUAUGCUAGUUGUGUAAUUGAAGAUCUAUUCCUUUUGCUCUUGAUAAGCCCUCUUUUCCGCAUUAAUCAGUGGAUCUUCAGGCUUGAGCCUAGGCUGACUCGCAUCUGAUCAGCCCCUCCUUCCUGUUUCUAAUUUAAGACGUGAUUAUUGCAUCUCGGAGGUGGUGUAGGUAUUGUGUUAGUUUUAAAGGGUGAAUUGUGUAACGCAAAACAAAUCUAGUGAUGCAGAUAUUUGUCUUUUCUUAUUUCCGGUCAGCAUGUUCUGUCGGUCUGAGUUUGUGCA